ACCAAGGAGUGGAAAGUUCGCCAGCAGCCCCAAGAUCUCAAGGCUUUGCUUGUAUCAUACCUGUGCCAGAUUUCAUCAUGGGAAACAGCUGUUACAACAUAGUAGCCACUCUGCUGCUGGUCCUGAACUUUGAGAGGACAAGAUCAUUGCAGGAUCUGUGUAGUAACUGCCCAGCUGGUACAUUCUGUGGGAAUAACAAGAAUCAGACUUGCAUUCCCUGUCCUCCAAAUAGUUUCUCCAGUGUAGGUGGACAAAGGGUCUGUGUCCUAUGCAGGCCGUGUAAAGGUGUUUUCAGGACCAGGAAGGCGUGUUCCUCCACCAGCAAUGCAGAGUGUGACUGCAUUUCAGGAUUUCGAUGCCUGGGGGCCGGAUGCCGAAUGUGUGAACCAGAUUGUAAACAAGGUCAAGAAUCAACAAAAGAAGGUUGUAAAGACUGUGACUUUGGGACAUUUAAUGAUCAGAAACGUGGCGUCUGUCGACCCUGGACAAAAUGUGGCACACACUUGGCACACAAGGCCAUCACAGGUGGUAAAAAGCCAAUGGUAUAUGAGAGAAUGUGA